AGUGACGCGCUUCCGGUGGCGGCGGUGAGCGCAGCAUGGCGGCGGCGGCCGAGGCCGUGUCGGCGGAGGCGGCCGCGCCGGUACCGGCACCGGCACCGGCACCGUCGUUCCUGGCCUUGGAGCCGCGGCUGCAGCGCGAGUUCCAGCAGAAGGUGCAGCGGGUCCGCAACAACCGGGCGGCCAAGGAGGAGCUGACGCCGGGCGUGGUGUACGUGGGGCACCUCCCGCGGGGGCUCUGUGAGCCGCAGAUGUACGAGUACUUCGAGCAGUUCGGGACGGUGAAGCGGCUCCGGCUCUCGAGGAGUAAGAAGACUGGAGCUAGCAAAGGCUAUGGAUUUAUAGAGUUCGAGUCCGAUGACGUGGCUAAGAUUGUUGCAGACACAAUGAACAACUACCUGUUUUCUGAAAGACUGCUAAAGUGUCAGUUCAUAUCUCCUGAAAGGGUCCAUGAAAACCUCUUCAAAAACAGUGACAAAAUAUUUCGGAAGCCUUCUCAGCCAGCGGUCAGGCGGUACAAUAGGAUACGUUCACUUGUUCAGAAGGCAAAGAUGACAAAGCGACUGCUGCGAAAGGAGAAACUUUUACGGAAGAGACUGGCUGAAAAGGGGUUCGAUUACGACUUCCCAGGAUUUGCUGCACAGGAGCUUUCCAUAAAGAGAAAAAAAGUUAAAACAUCCAAGAAGUCAAAACUGAACAUUUCUUUGAGCAGCCAGGAUCCUACUCCAGUCUGUACUCCAACAGUGCUCGAGCGCCGGAAAGCUUCUCAGGUGGAUGACGACGCAGAGGACAAUGAAAUAACUCUCAGGCUGCCCCCUGCCACUGUUAAGAAUGCUGUGCAGAGACCAAAGAAACAGCCAAGAAAAACCGAACCUGAGGAAACAGAAGUAGGCUUAGAAUUUUGAUGGCUGUAGCUGUGUUUUUCCUCAACUCAAAAACUGGCGAGGUAGAGCUUCUAGUGGUUCUGCUGCCCUGGCUCAGUUCGUCUUGACUAGACUGUUUCAGCGUUUCCUAGGCAAGGAAUCUAUUCACAAAUCUGCAGGAGGUAGAAAUAAACGGACGCCUGUAAAGUUGAAA